AUGCUGUAUUGUCUUAUUGUAUUGCUUCUGUCACCUACAACUUCAGCCUUACAGCCACGUAACUUUCGGAUUCCAUCCGUGGACUUUACACAGCUCUCGAGCGCCGUGAACAAUGUGCACAAUUUCAAGCUACUGACGACUUUGCAGGAAAAUGGGAUUGUUGCGUUGCAAAAUGUCCCUAAUUACUCCAUUUUACGUCAAGAGUAUCUCCAAACUGCUAUCACUUGUGCCGUGCAAGCCCAGAAACAAGAUGUCGAAUUUUUACUUCAUCGCCAAUUGAGAGACGGCACGAAUAGGUUCACAAUGAGUCUGGAAUCUGGCCAUCAAUUGAGUGAAACUCUAGAUCAAAGUCAACAGCUACUGGCACUUUGCCCCGAGUACGUGGAAAUACACGCUGCUUUUAGUGCUGUGGUAGAAUUAGCUGUUGCAAAUGUAGGAACUGCUUUGGAUGCAACCCAGAAAUUUCAUGUUGUGGCAGAGCAAGGGGCUGUUGCAAUGACAGCGAGGAAAUUACUGGAAGAUUCGGUGCAUUUGGACCAUUUCCAUGCUUACGAAGGUGCCCAGGGACUGCAGCGGUUGGAGAAUGAUACAGAGAUUAAUGUGGCGGACAUGUCGCUGGGACUGCACACGGACAACGGGCUCAUGAUUGCCAUGAGUGCACCGGAGUACUUUGAGGAGUUAAGCAAUGGCGAGUUGCAUCGUAAGGAUAUGCAAAAUAAAGACGCAGGUCUUUAUAUCCAGACAACAAGCGGAGAAAUUGUGCGUCCGGUGUUGAAUUCGGAUGAGCUCAUUUUGAUGCUGGGAUCGGGCAUCGAUAACUGGAUUGAAACGACUCCACCUCUUCGCUCGGUGCUACAUGGCAUGCGUUAUCCACGGAGCGUUAGUCUAGCUGAAGGCGAUGAACAAGGUAGCAGACUGCUGCGGUCAUGGUUUGGAAAGAUGAUUCUGCUCGAAGCACACCAGGUGAUGGACAAUACUGGUCUCACGUUUGGUCAGUACGCAAACCGAACUACUCGAUAUUUAGUAGAAAAGAAAGCCGAAGAUUACCACACCUUUGCAGCAAUCGCUUGUCCGCCUCAACGACAUUUGGCGGCGUCAGACAAUAGCUGUUCACUCAAAGCUUGCAUGUUAAAAAGCUCGGCUUUGGAUUCGGAUCUUACGUUUCCGUGCCAGAUCAUAUGUAACCACGAUUCGGCCGAAGAUACUGCUUUAUGUGAGAAAUACUGCGAUUGCGAAGCCUCGUCGAGCAGUGCUACGACUUGCUGGAUGCUGUGCGUGGAGAAUUUUUCGUCAGAGGUGUGUCCGGGCAAACAGGUAUGCAACACCGCUGCAACAAAAGAUCAACUGGCUAUGACGUGUGUUGAUGGAACGGUCCCACCAUCAACUUUCUUGGACCCAACAGCUCCAACCCCAGCAGGUGGAAGUGCUAACUCAAGUAGCUCAACGACGUCGAACUUACCAGGUGGAAGCGCUGAUCCAAGUAGCUCAACGACACCAAACCCAGCAGGUGGAAGUGCUAACCCAAGCAGCUCAACGACGUCAAACUUACCAGGUGGAAGCGCUGAUCCAAGUAGCUCAAUCACACCAAACCCAGCAGGUGGAAGUGCUAACCCAAGUAGCUCAACGACGUCAAACCCAGCAGGUGAAAAUGCUAACCCAAGUGGCUCAAUGACACCAGCUUCAAUUUCGGGUACUGCGGCUGUAACGCCAACUACUGGUACGUCGAUUGAGUUACCAUAUACCACUGCUCCGGCUACUAAUGCAUCGCAUACUGCUGCAACUGAGUCAGCCACUUUUGGUCCAACUUUAAUGGACUCUAACUCUAUAUUGCCCGUUACGAAUGCACGUACGGCUGCUUCAACGACAAAUGUUGGAAACGAGUCCACGGAUGCGACAAAUACGAAGGAUGUGUCCGAUUCUGCUGCUCCAGAUGACGAUACUUCAUUAACGUCGACAUUGGAACCCUUAUCAUCUUCUUCGGCGUCGUCUCAAUCGUCCGCGACAAGUUUGAUUUCAGUUUUCAGCUAUGUGAAUAGCAUUGCAAGUUUUGUGGCAAUAUUCUUGUGCAUCUGGUAA